GAUAAAAGCGUAAAAUUAAAGUUUUCUCAGUCAUGUUUAAAUUGUGCCACAAUCUGUUGAUUGUAAGCUGUCUGAGCCUGCUUAGCUAUCAUUUGCACUUUGUGAAUGCCACCGAGCAGGACAAUAAUCUGAAGGAUUUGCUCCAUGCCUUAAACGAUGACUUAGAUCUGACGAAUGUGGAGUGGAGAGCAAUGAUUCCACUGUUGCUGCAACGUCAGCAAGUGCGUCUCUGUGUGGCAGUCUAUCUCUACGAACCACAUCUGGUGGCAGGCACAGAUUGUGAGCCGCUGUUGCGCAACGGCCAACUAAUGGCAUACUGCGAUAUUGGACAUGUCGAGGAUCUGAGCAUGACAAUGCGUGAUGCAUUUGGUGGCAUGCUCUUCGAUACACAGCAACGUUGCCGCCAGGGCCUGGAAAUCUUUGGAGUACGCUGCCGGCGACGUGCCUAAGAGAAGGGGAGAGAGUGGAGGAGUCGCAAACUGGAAGAGAUUGAGGCCAGAAAUGGAGCACCAGUGAAUUUGCUAAUUCAGUUUUCUUAGUUCGCCUUCCACACCUCAUCAUCAAGUUUGCCUUGCUGCUGCUGUCGUUGUCGUUGUUGCUUUCGUGUCCCUUGUCAUUUCAAUGUGUCAAUAAAAAUGCGAUGUGGGUGAAGGUCUUUGCCUCAUCUCAUCUCAUCUCAUCUCGCCUCAAUCUAACUCUCUCUCUCUGUGUACACUCGGAAAAUAAUUCGACUUGAAUUUUAGAUAUUCUUUUGGUGCCAAGUGUAACUCACCUUAUUAUGCAGAAAGUAGACUUCUAAAAACCAUUUUUUUCUUUCUUCUA